AUGUGGACUGACAAUCAGGCCAACGCCGAAGCCAUAUACAACGGCUACUAUAGACAGCCUGAAAUCAACAAUAUCAUUGCGCAAAUCUAUCAAGCACAGAUACAGGGCUGUUUUUCGGUUAAAUUCGAGUACAUUCCGGGCAGAGCAAAUUCACAGGCAGACUUACUCUCGCGUAACAGACAUAGAGAGUUCCUGAAACAUAACCCUACUGCGCGUUACCUGCAUCUAAUUAUUCCCUCAGAGUAUUCUGACCUAAUCU